AGACCACAAAUUGCUCAGAGCCCCAGAGAGUGGAGCUGGGUUUCAGAUCUCCUGCAAGCUCAAUCUCUCUGUUUUGAACUUUGCUUCUUGCAUUUUGUUUCUUUCAGGGUGUGUGGUGAGUGUGGAAGAUCCAGAAAAGAAGUACACUGGAUGGGAACAUCUUGGCAGUGGGUGGCUGUAAAGGAACUUUAUCUCCAGCACCAGGGCUGUGAGGGAAUAUUAAAAGAAAUCCUGCUCAUGAGAGAAAAUAAGAACGCCAAUAUUGUCAGCUACUUAGAAAGCUACCUUGUGGAUGAGGCUGUCCUGCUGGUGUUGGAAUAUAUGGAUGGAGGCUCCUUAGCUGAUGUGGUCACCGUGAGAAGGAUGGCUGUAGGACACAUAGCAACAGUGUGUCGGGAGUGCCUGCAAGGCCUGGCUUUCCUUCAUGCCAAGCAGGUGAUCCACAGAGACAUCAAAAGCGACAACAUCCUUCUGGGCCGGGAUGGCUCCGUCAAGCUGGCUGAUUUUGGCCUCUGUGCUGUGCUCAGCCCUGAGCACAGGAAACGGAGGUCGAUGGUCGGGACCACUUACUGGAUGGCACCCGAGGUGGUGAGAAGAGAGCCUUACGGCCCCAAAGUGGACACCUGGUCCCUUGGCAUCGUGGGAAUAGAAAUGGCCACAGGAGAGGCUCCUUAUAUGCAGGAGACCAGUGACAAGGCCAGCUACCUGAUAGGCAAGCAAGGGGUUCCAAAUCUGCAGCAGCUCAGGCUACCCCCUGGCUUGUGUGAAUUUCUGGGCUGCUGCCUGCAGAUGGAUGUGGACAGGCGAGGCUCUGCCAAGGAACUUCUGCAGCAUCCAUUUCUGCAAUCAGCGGAGCCUCUCUUAAGCCUCUUCUGACAGCCUGAUUGCUGCCAUCCCUGCAGCAAGGGAAUGCAGGGAGCAAAGGAGAUGACAAGGACCACUUCAGCACUGGAGAACAGAGCCUCUGAGAGCACGUAGGAAUCCAGAGGAGAGAGGGGCCGGGAAAGAGGCAGCCAUCAGAGCAGGAAAGGAAGGUGGCAUCUCCUCUUGUCCCA